GUUCAAGCCUUCCAGGGGCCUCCGUUGAAUGGCGGCGGAGGGAUGAGGGGCUGGCUGGAGAGCUCGCGGGCCGCGCAAAAGGCCCGGCCAGGGGGCAGUUGUAGCCCGGUCGCUAAGCGACCACGAAGUGGUCACUGCAGCCGUGGGGAAGCGGCGUUGUGCCUCAGGGUGGUUCUCGCCUCUUCCAGCCCUUCUCCCCGGGCCGGCGAUGGCUACGUUUCAAAACGUCGACCCCGAGCUUAGGGCUUACUUUAAGAAACACGCCAUUCCUGACAUCUAUGAGGCCCUGCUGUGUGGUUUGUUAAUAAUGUGUCCAGAUGAUCCACUUAUGUUUUUAGAAGAAAAGAUAAAAGAGAUAAUGGAAAAGGGUCUAUAUAGUAUUUUAUGGAAUAUGUGUAUUGAUCCAGAACUAAGCCAAAGGCUAAAAGUGAUUUCAGAAACAUAUUUACACACGCUUUUGGGACUUGAUGAUGAUCAGCUGAUGACUACAGAGUUGUGUGAUAAAGCAUGGGAUUUCUAUAGCACUAAUUUAAAGACCAUGUGCUUUGAUGCAUGGACAAAGUAUUGUGUUAUGAAGAAAAUUGAAAGAGAAAUCUUACAAAAAAAGUUAUCUCUUGCAAAACAGUUCUAUGAAGCCAAAAUAUUGAAAUCAGCAAUAAAGAAAUGGAAAAGAUGGUUGCAGUUUCAUAAAGAACAGCAGGAACGGGCAGCAAAAAGGAUAGAAAAAGCUUUUGAUCAUACUUUACAGAAGAUUAUUUUAAAGGCUUGGCGAAAACAAACUUUUUCUAAUAGGAAGUCUAAAAGACAUGUGGAGCAUAUAGAAGGAGAAGCUGAGGAAUUACUUUUUGUUGAAGUGCAGCGUACAGAAAGGCAUCAUGCUGAAGGACAUGAAAGACACCAGUCUGAGAAACGUCGAUAUACAAGGCAUCUGUCUGAAGAUCACAUGCCAACAUUUCACAUAAGAUCAGGGAAAGAUCAUUUGUCAAAGUUGCCAGAAAGAGUGCUAGCUAAGAUCUUCCAUCAUUUAACUUUAAUUGACUUGGCAAGAUGUGCUCAAGUUAACCGAACUUGGAAAGCAAUGACACAAACCGGCUCAAUAUGGAGCAAUAUAAACUUUUCUGCAGUAAAAGAUAAGGUGAAUGAUACUGUAGCAAGAAAUAUUUUAUUGAAGUGGCAUACUAACGUGUUGCAUUUAAAUCUUCGUGGUUGUGCUACUCUUCAUUGGCCUACAUUUAAAAGUAUUGGACAGUGUACAAAUCUUCAAGAGUUAAAUGUCUCUGAAUGUCAAGGGUUAAAUGAUGAAUUAAUAAGACUUGUAUCAGAGGGCUGCCCAGCUCUUCUUUACUUAAAUUUAUCUCAUACAGAUAUUACAAAUGGGACACUAAGACUUCUGUCAAGGAGCUUCCCAAAUUUACAAUACUUAAGUUUAGCUUAUUGCAGAAAAUUCACAGACAAAGGUUUACAGUACCUCGGCACUGGAGGAGGAUGUCACAAGCUCAUCUAUUUGGAUGUUUCAGGCUGCCUCCAGAUCUCAGUGGAAGGCUUCAGGAAUAUUGGCAACAGCUGUAGUGGUAUCCAACAUCUGACAAUUAAUGAAAUGCCUACUCUGACAGACCGUUGUAUUCAAGCUUUAGCUGAAAAAUGCAAACAGAUUGCAUCUGUCGAAUUCAACGAGUGCCCCCAUGUUUCUGAUACAGGGUUGAAAGCACUUGCUGCUUGUAAACUUGCUAAAAUAAAAAUAGAAGGAAGUAAUCGGGUUACUGACCUUAGUUUCAAACUGAUAAGCAAAUUCUGGCCCUGCAUGAACCGUAUUGGUGUAGCGGACUGCCAGAAGAUAACAGAUGUGGGUCUCAAGCUUAUUGCAGCAUUGGAUCAUAUUAUUAUCCUGAAUUUAUCAGAUUGCAUGAGAAUCAGUGAUGCAGGAAUAAAAGCCUUUGUUGAAGGUUCUUCUGGCUCAAGAAUAAGGGAACUCAUCUUGGGCAAUUGUUCUUAUGUCACAGAUGGUGCUCUUACGAAAAUAGCUCAAAGAUGCCCAAAUUUGAUUUACCUUAAUAUCUGUUACUGCCAAGCUGUGACUGAUGCUGGGAUUGAGGCUUUGAUACUGAUAUCCUCAUUGGCUUAUAUUAAUAUUUCUGGAAUUGAUAUCACAGACCAGGCCAUGGACGCACUUGGAAAACUUUGGAAAAUUAAGGAGAUUAAUAUAUCAGAAUGUAAGCAGAUUUCUGAUUUUGGAAUGAAGAGGUUCUGUGCUGAUUUGAGGAGACUAGACUACAUUGACUUUUCUUUCUGCCACCAACUAUCAAAUCACACAUUAAAACAUUUGACAUCCACUUGCCAUAAGCUUACAACUCUUAGUAUGGCUGGUUGUUCUAAGGUAAAUGAUGUAGGGAUUCAGUUUGUGGCCGCAAACUGCACUUACCUUCACUACCUGGAUAUCUCAGGCUGCAUCAAUAUUACUGACAAAGGACUUAAGUGUCUGUCGAAAGGUUGUCCACAACUGCGAAUUCUUAAGAUGCUAUACUGCAUGAAUAUUACCAGACCAGCGGUUUUAAAAUAUACAUCAAAACUCCAGAACUGUGAAUACAAUGUUGAUGAACCUCCUCUGUGGUUUGGUCGUGCUACCAGUAUUGAAUCAUCCACUGUGAAGAAGCAGAAAAAAAGCCGGCAUGGCAUAGCUGCACCUCAGCAAAGCACAGUGUCAUCUCCAGUUGAAAAACCUGCAGAAACCCAUGGGCCAUCCACAUUAGAACAUCCAGGUGAAAAGGCUGGAGAGACCCAUGGGCCAUCCACAUUAGAACCUCUACAAGAAAAGUCUUGAACAUGAUAGUUCCUUCGCAGAUUAACCUCUAAGAGAGAACCAGAGGCCAAACAAUAUGCUUAAUGAUUAAAAACAAAAUUUAGUUUUUCUUCUAUUAGAAAAUUUAAUACACUUUCUUAUAAAGAAGGUGGGUUUCCAUUUGAUAGCUGCUACAAAUCUUGCUAGCAGAUAUUGUUUCCCCCCUUCUUAGUAUCUUAUGAUAACAGUUAUGCCUUUUGUUUGAGCCUUCUUUAAAAACAGACAUUUCACUAGCCAGUAAUUAACUUUAUCAGUAAAUACCACAAUGCUACAUAUAUUUGCACAUCUGGUAAGAUUUGAAACAUGUCAUCUUUUUUUUAAUUAAAGUAUUAUUACAGCAUUCUGCUUCUUAAUGUGUUCAGGAUUUUUCAAAUGUCAGUUUAUUUAAAAAAUAAAGUCUUAAGAAAGAAGAAUGUGCUUCCUUAAUACACCACUAAACUUACAGAAGCAGUUAAUAUUCCAUAAAUAUUUUACAGUAUUCAACAGAUAAGAGUGUAUCUAUGCAUUUGGCUUUUCUUGUCUAUCCCAUCAAUAACUUAUCCUUAAUAUACAUGGGAAAUAUAUAUUUGUGAAAUAAAAGUCUCUGUUUUCACUUAUGUGCUUUUUGUGUGUGCUGGAACCAAGAGUGCUCUGAGUCUAGACUCUCAUCUGUGAAUAGAUCUUGUUUUAGAAGAAGGGCAAUGGAGUGCUUACGGUAAAAUCGGUAAUUCUCUCCAUGUCAAAUUUUUAUAUUUAAAACCAUGAUGACAAGCCCUGCCACCUUAUAUAAACCUUUCUCAGAGUAUGUCCUGCCUGUUUGCUGUUUUCAGUUAGGCUUGCUUCAGAUCACUUCUCAAGUAAGAAAGAAAACAAAUAUUGUCAGUAUUCAGCCAUCAGCUGCCAUUGCUCUUCAUGUUCACUUUCCUCACAGAGUAUCAUGGCUUAUUACUUCAGAUGUCAGAGGCAAUAAAGCAGUAGUCUUUUCAGGCAGUUUCUUUGGACAGUAUUUUUUGUGUAAAGAUAAAGCCAUUGAUUAUGGCUUUCUACUUGACUUCAUUUAUGGACCAUUAACCCCAACUAGAACAGACCUACUAAAUGAAUAAAACUUGUUGAAUCAAUAUUUAGGUAAGUCCCGUUGAUCCAGUGUCUUUAUUUUGAUUGGGACUAACAGUUGAAUUUAGUCCAAAUUUACGAUUU